AUGAGCCAGAAUAAUAAUUUUCUGUCUGUCAACGAAAACUCCACAUCAUCAUCAUCAUUUAAUAAUGAUAUUGAUGAAAAAAAUCAAAUAUUAUUAUCGAAUUUACCGGAUGAAUUAAAUAAUGAUAAUGAUGAUUGGAAAUCAGCUGAUGAUAAUCAUGAUAUUGAUAUCAAUGAAAUUCAAGAUGAUUUAAUAACAGUUAAUAAUGAACAAAACAAUAAUGAUGGAUGGGCAAAUUUUGAUACAUUUGAAAAUAAUACCGAUCCAAAAUCACAGAUUGUUCCUGUAACAGUAUCGAACCUAGCUGAAGAUGAUUGGGCAAAUUUUAAAUCGAAUCCAAUACAAUUUACUCAACAUGACCUACAAUUAUCAAGUGACAAGCAAUCAACAAAAAUAAAUCAUGAUGAUGAUGUUUUUGGUGAUUAUGGUGAAGUACAAAUUUGUCAACAAUUUCAAGGAUCUUCUCUACCAAUUAAUUCUUUAAAUACUGAAUCAAUUAAAUCUUUGAUCUCAACUUGUUUUCCAUUAGAAUCUUCAAUAUUAUCUAAAGAUAUUGAUAAUUAUAUUCCAUUUGAAUUACCAUCUUUUACUACAUAUAAAGAUCAAUCAAAACAAUUACCAUGUUUUGAACAUUGUCUAUCUUUAUGGAAAUUAUUAUCAAAUAUAUCAAAUGAUCCAAUAGGAAUUCAAUAUCAAUGGCGUAAAUCAAAUAUUGAACAUUUAUUUCAUCAAGCAUUAGGUGUUCAUGAACGAUUUCGUACUAAACCUAUUUCUUUAACUUCACAAUCAGAAUUUCAAAUGAUAACAUCAAAUGUUAAUAAUGAAAAUAAAGUAUUACCACAAACUAUGAGUCCACAUUUUGAUUGGAAACAAAGUGGUCUAGAAAAUCCACUUACUAAUAAUGAUAGUUCAUCUCUUUCAAUAAAUUCCAAUCAGAUUGAGGAAAAUCUUUUCGAUGUAAACAAAACACUCGAUCUUGACUAUUAUAUUUCACCAAUACGAACUUCAACAUCAAAUAAACGAGAACAUAUUACUUCUUCAACAAUAAUACAUCGAAAUAACAGUCCAAUUCUUCAACAAAAUGCAACACCAAUUAAAACAAUUGAUCUAUUUCCAGGUUCAACAAGAGUAUUAAAUGAUGAUACUAAACCUGAUGUUGAUUCAGUAUCAAAUUUUAGUUUUAUGAAUCCAAAAGCAUUAAUGCUUCGAACAAAAAAUUAA